AAUCAUAUGAAAUGCACAGACUAUUGAACUGCCAAUUUUAUACGCCCGGAGCGUCAUUUUGCGCAUGUGUCUCCUGUCUGUUGUUUAAAAUGUAUACGGACCGCUAAAACCCGGGGGGGUUGGGGAUUUAAGUAUAUUUUCGGAAUAAAACCUUCAGAAUCAUGAUUGCAUGUAAGUAGGUAAAAUAAAAUAAUAAAUAAAACAAUAUUUGCAAAUAUUUGUAAAUGCAAAGGAGAAGCAGCGUUAAUGAUCUCGAGCUCUGGUCUAGACCGCAUCUCGGGUUGACUGCUCAAGUGCGAUGCUCGGGUUUAGCGCUCUGAAUGGGGAGAAUAUUACUGAAAUGAACCCAUUAACAUCUGCUUUACUUAUUAUGUUACUUUAAACUAAUUUAAGGAUUUGUGUUCGUGCGUUGAAUUUCUUGCGUUUAACAAAAGCGCAGUUGUACGUGUGUGAUUUAAUAUUCUUGAUGGAUAGUGAUCGGAGCCAGCACAGGCUUUGUUCCCUCAUGAAUUCCUUCGAGAGGUGGAGCAGACUUGGAUGGUCCGAGCAAUUAUCGGAGGAUUCUUGAAAAUGUGCCUCAUUUUUGCUUUCUGACCGCUAAAAUACAUGUGACACACAUGCGUGACCCAGAUGGACUUGAAAUUGUAACAAACCGUGACUGUUCUUUUAAAAAAAACUAUGUCUUCUUUAUAAAUGACAUAAAGAUUUUUAAAUAAGUUGAAUACAUUAAAUUACCCAAAUACCUCAAUGUAAGCCUUAGUGUGCAUAGGCUACACAUCAUCUCACAAUCACAAACUAGGUGCUUAUCACUAUGACAUACCGCAUGCCAAACUUCACCUUGGAGCAGAAGCUGUUCCUGCUAAGGAGAAUUCAUGCGGUGGUGGACACAGUUCAGGAUUUUCGGAAGGACACCAACACCACUGUGCACCGGAACGCUGUGUGGGCAGAGCUGGCUCAGGCCUUUAAUACAGCAUUCCCUAAUCGACCACCCAGCAGCAUUGGGUCCCUGAAGACACUGUGGAAGCGGCUGAAGGUGGAAUGUCGUGUGGCUCUUCAGAAACGACAGGAGCAGCAGGCCGCUGGGCUUCCUGUGUCCACACUUACUCAGGUGCAGAGACAAGUGAUUGCUCUGGUUCCAAACCUGACCUCCUGUCUGGAAGAGAUAGAUGGAGACGACAGCAUUGCCUCGGGUAGGAGCGGAUCACCUGGAGCAGUGAAAGGGUUCUUGGGCACUACUGGAAGUGAACAUGAGGAUCCUAAGCACGGUCAAAAUAAUGAAGCAGACAGCAAGGAGAACUUAGCCAUUGACCUUGGCCUGGCGUCACGUACCCAGCCACCAGUUAACUCUGGGAUUCCCCCUGGCCCUGCCUCCUCUCCACCCCUCCCCAAACGUUUCCGGUCACGUUCCAGAUCCAGUUAUCCCAUUCUCCUCUAUCCCAACCAUGCCGGAAGCACCUCAGGCUCGGCAUCAAGGAGUCAGGCAUUAAACUCUGACACCGUACACAGAGAUUUUCCAGUUUCACGUGUCCCUGCAGGAGGAUCAGCUGAGAACUUAUCAACAGUACCAGAUUCCAUAAAAUGGGAGGCUCGCAGACAGGAACUGUUUGAACUGGAGCAUCAGCAGACAAUGAGCCUGUUGCUCCUGCAGCAGUGUGUGUGGGAGGAGAAGAGAAAAGCUGUGAAACAGAAAGAGAAAGCCGCACAGGCCAAAAAGAGAUAUUAUCAAGCAAAACUACUGAAGAUGGGUGCAGAAAUUCCGCUCUCGAGCACCGACAGUGAGGACGAUGACCAUCCACAGAUUUGAACAAUGAUGUUUAUGACAUCUUAGCUCUAUCAACUUUCCUUUGGAAAGUUUUUUUAGCUUUUGCUAAAAAAAGCUAAACAAUAGCUUUGUUUAUUUACAAAACAAUAAUUUUGUACUUUAGGGAUGUACUGUUAAAAAUUCUGUUGUGUAUUUCUGUAUCCACAUCCUUAAAACAAAUAACAUUUUCUUGAGAGAAAUCUUUCUUGAGAUUGUUUUUCUGGCGCUUUGGAAUUUUAUUUUUUAUCUUUUGCAAAGAAUCUCAACAGAUUUCACAAUGUGGUAAGGAAAAAAACUCAUUAUAGUAAACGGUUCAGUUAUUUUUACUGGCAAACUAGUCAAAGAGAAAGAAUGCCAGUGUUUUAUCAGACGGAGGGUAAAUCAGGUGCUUUAAAGGUUAAAUUUCUCUUCUUGUCCACCCUCUCAUCAAUACUUCAUCAAUACAUCUGUCAGUCAGAAUUUCAUUGAGGAGUUGCUCACAUUAAAUCUUAAUUUACAUAUGAGGAGCAAUUUUUAUUUAAUUUUAAUGAUCUGCAAUAUUAAUGAUUUAACAUUAAUUUAAUGCUUAAUUCUGGAUUUAACUAAAGACGGAUUAUGGUCCUGCAAGGCCCCCUUGCGAGCUUGUGAUGUUUAAAUUGGAAUUAUACUGUAAAUAUCAAUAAGCAUUGCAAUUAAAGUCACAAUUGCAAAAACAAAAUGAUCAUGACAAAAACGGUCAAAAGAUGUUUAAAAGACACUUUUGAUUUUGAAAAGAGGUCAGAAACAGAUAAUUUGUAAUUCACAAGAAUCAGGGGGACUUUGAAGGUCCAUAAUCCAUUCUUGGUUUAAACACCUCUAAGAAUAGUUUCUUCAGGAACAACUUUUGACUUAGUUUAUUAGAAAUCAUUCACUAUGUAGAUUUAUCAGGUAAAUAAAUGCUGCUCAUUGUUUACUUUCUACUGUUGUACUGGUUGAAUUGAAGUAUUGUUUGUUUUCACCUCUUAGUGUUGAGAUGGAUAGAACAUUCACAACAGGGCUGUGAUCAGUAAUGA